UUUGCUGCAAUCAUCAGCUGUUUCUUUUGUUGACGUUAACAACCGUCUAUAAUUUAGUAUAUAGCUUUAUCCAUAAACAACUUAAGAUAUGUCAGCGUUGGCCUAUGAUUCGCUGUUAUCCACCACGGCGGUGAUUAGCACUGUCUUUCAAUUCCUUUCAGGAUCCAUUGUAUGCCGAAAAUAUAUACAAAAGAAAAGCACGGGCGACUCCUCCGGUCUUCCCUUUAUUUGCGGCUUCUUAUCUUGUAGCUUUUGGCUGCGCUACGGCGUCUUAACCAACGAGCAAAGCAUUGUUCUAGUGAAUGUAAUUGGAGCAACUCUGUUUCUCGUCUAUACUUUGGUCUUCUACGUGUUUACAAUUAAUAAACGCUGUUAUGUCAAACAAUUUGCAUUAGUUCUCCUUAUCCUAAUAGGAGUAAUUUGGUAUACGAAUGGACUGACCGCACAGCCAAAGCAAAUGGUUCAAAUAACAGGCAUCGUUUGCUGUGUUGUCACUGUCUGUUUUUUUGCGGCACCCCUAACAAGUCUAGUCCAUGUGAUAAGGGUCAAAAAUUCGGAAAGUCUACCCCUCCCACUAAUAUCCACAUCGUUUUUCGUCAGUUUGCAGUGGCUAAUCUAUGGCAUACUAAUAUCUGAUUCAUUUAUACAGAUACCCAAUUUCCUUGGCUGUAUAUUGUCUCUCUUGCAGCUUAGUCUUUUUGUAAUUUAUCCACCGCGUACUUAUACGGGCCAAGGCUAUAAACUAGUCGAACAGGCUGUGCCGUUUUAAAAAGGAUUUUAAGCAAAAUCAUUUAUAUGACAUCGAGCAGAUAUCAGAACAGGAUGAAAUUGUUCCUUGCCUAUUGCCUUGAAUGUGGAUCUAAGGUACUAACUAAGUAUAUGCAUACAUACAUAUGUAAAAUUGGAUAUGCAUAUAUGUAUAAUUUGUAAUACCUAAUUAGUAUCUAAUUUUAAGUAUUUAUUAAACUGAACUCAUAAAGAAAGAAA